AGCUGCAUGAGGUGGAGAGGAGAAGUCUGACACAUACGCACUUACACCCGCAGAAACAGCACAAGUAGAAAUGAAAGCAGAAUGAAGUGAACACCAGACGAGAAUCACUUAAUGAGCAGAAGUUUGUGGAUCAGCACUGAUCAGAAGAAACUGGCUUGGGAAUAUAACAUUUCCGAAUCCUCUAAAGCUCCACAGAUCCCCUCUUUGAGCAGAAUGGCUGUGUCUAGUGGUCAUCAUCUCUUCCUCCUGUUUUUCCUUUUCUCUCUGUUUUCCAUCUCUUCUCUAGCGGCAGAAGAGGAGUGUACCACCAGGCCUCCCCGAGGGCGUUCCUUCGGGUUUACCAUGUCUGGCUGUAACAAAACUCUGACCGAGAACCAGCAGAAGGUGCUCCAGUCUAAAACCACAGUUUUGCUAGUUCCUCUGCUCUACCUCGUAGCCUUCAUCGUGGGCCUCCCUGCUAAUCUCCUAGCCUUUUGGGUGCUCCUCUUCCGCACCAAGAAGUUUCCAUCCACCAUCCUCUUGAUCAACCUCACAAGCUGCGACCUGCUCCUUCUGCUGCUGCUUCCUUUCCGCAUCGUCUACCACUUUCAGGGAAACGACUGGUACUUUGGAGAGCCUUUCUGCCGCCUUGUGAUUGCACUCUUCUAUGGGAACAUGUAUGGUUCCAUCCUUUGCCUGACACUAAUUGCGGUGGACCGCUAUGUGGCCCUUGUGCACCCGUUUGGAGCUAAGACCCUCCGCAGCCAGAAAACAUCAGUGUACAUGAGUCUGGCGGUCUGGGCCAUGGUGUUAGUUGCAGCUGCACCUCUGCUAGCCUCACAGCAGUCUCACCUGCUAAAUAAGCCAUCUAUCACAACUUGCCAUGAUGCACUGCCUAAAAGCGAGCAGAAGAGCUACUUCCUGCCUUAUUUUGCUACCCUCUUCUUCCUCUGCUUCCUGCUGCCACUGUUGGUAGUGCUGUUCUGCUAUUGUGCUGUCCUGAGGACCCUGGUGGCUGCUGGUAGCCGUUACUCCCAUGCCGUGAAGGUCACUAUUCUAAUUCUUGUGGUUUUCGUGGGUUGCUUUUUACCCAGUAAUGUCCUUCUAUUGAUGCAUUACUCUGCAUCUUACCUGCUGGAGAACAUGAGUGAGAAAGGUGAUGCCCUCUACAUGCCCUACAUGAUCAGCCUGGCUCUCAGCACCUUCAACAGCUGUCUUGACCCUUUCAUUUUCUACUACGUGUCUGAGGAUUUCAGGGAGAAGGCACGAAAGGUGCUUUGCCUAUCUUCUGAUUCUUAUGAGUCCCCUUCCUCCGGGAACCAGGUGUCCUACUCCUCAGGGACAUCAAGGUCCAAGGUCACUCUGCUGUCCAGUUCAAGCAGGACUACGGGGGAUUUAGACAGAGAGCCAGUAAGAUCAUAACCUGAGGACUAAAAAUCCUACACAGUAGAAUUACCAAGUUGACAUCCAGACACAAAAGGGACUCAGGAAAGAAUUAACAUCAAGCUCAAAAGGAUGAAGGCAGAAUUUGAACUUCAGAAAUCAAAAAGUACCAAUGACUCAUUAUUUGGCCCUUGACAAGAAUGAAGGUGUCGGCCAACUCUAAAGCCAAAAAAAUUGCUGACAGGUUACUGGACUUUUUGGAAACAUGGACCAUCAGAAAUAUGUACAGCUUGGAACUUUGUCCAAUACUAAUUGCAGUCGAUUGAUACAUGGCAUAUCCAUUUAGAGCUAACUUUGGUCUGGAUAGUGGUGUUAGCCCAAGUUUUCCUGCUGAAGGGCUACAGAGAUUAAGAUGAUCUAGAUGUCCUAUAUGAUCAGCCUGGCUAUCAGCACCUUCAACAGCUUAAUCGACCCUUUCAGUGUCUGAGGACUUCAUAGAGAAGGUACAGGGUGCUGUCCAGCCACCUUGCUUUCCACCUGAACAGAACUAUGGGAGUUUUAAGUUGUUCUUCCACUUCACAACUACCAGAACUUUUGGCUUCAGAAAACUGGAGCUGUGCUUUUGGCCAUCAGGUCAGCACUGAAGGUUCCUGCUUUAUGAUUUUAGUGGUCAAGAUAAAAACAGGACCUAAUGGAGCUCAAGGGUGUUCACCUCUGCCCUCUGUGUUUUUAGCUGAACACUUUUAACUGAAGAAUUUAGCAAAUUCUUUACCUUUCUAGAUGAGGAUCAAGACACCAAACACAAAAUUACAUCCCCAAUAAGAUCAUCUGAAUGUAAACUGUGAUAGCAUGUUGAAAUGACAAUUGAUACUUUUAGAAUUUUAAUUUUAUAAAGAUUUUGCUCAGUGUUAUUCUAAAAGCUACAUAGCUAAUUGACUAGCCAAAUUCUUGAUGUCUUUUAAGCAAGUGAAAAAUAAACUAGAACUAGAACUUCUGA